AUGAGUUUAUCCUCUUCACUGCGAUCUUGGUCCAUUCUUCAAGAGUCCUGCUCCCAGUUGUGCAAGAGUAACGGAGUGAGGCUGACGUCGUCUAACCUGUCUAUCCAGGUGGUCCCACAAGUGCUCAAUAGGGGAUGGGUCGGAGUUUUAUGGCAGCAAGUCCAGUGGGUGGAUACUGUUGUUAGUACUUUGAGAAAGCGAUCUACUAAUGAAGUGAUAUUUGAAUACCAAACACCACCCAAAGCCCCAGACGGUGGAUGGGGAUGGCUGGUAACAUUUUCUUCAUUCGUCGUCAGUAUGUUUGUUGACAGAUUGAGUUUUACAUUCGGAAUUUUUUUCCCGGAAUUCCUGAGAUAUUUCGGAGAAAGUAAAGGGAAGACUCAGCUUCUACACUCAGUAAUGUGGGGUACAUUUUUCGUUAUUGGACCAGUCGCAAGUGUCUUAGUAAACAUGUUUGGAAAUCGGCUGGUGGCCGGAAGUGGAGCGUUAAUUAUGAGCGUCGGAAUAUUCCUGUCAUCUUUUGCACCAAACCUGAACGUGAUGAUCUUCUUAUACAGUAUUGUAGGAGGUAUCGGAUACGGCCUGAUCUACCAACCCUCUAUUGUGAUACUUGGAGUAUAUUUCGAAAAACGUAGAGCAUUGGCGACUGGUAUUGCUGUUUGUGGUGCUGGAGUAGGUGGCUUUGUGUUUGCGCCUCUCUGCGAAUUUCUUUUGGAAUUAUACGACUGGCAAGGAACCAUGAGGAUUAUUUCGGCUAUUCUUCUCCAUGGACUAGUUGUUUCCGCGACUUAUCGACCAUUGAGAACUGCUGUUAAAACUAAAAGCACAUGUAUCAAAAAUGAUGAAAAAUCUGAGAAUUCAGAAAUAUGUUGUAAACAUUUAAGUUUAAACAACACAAAUAUGUUCGACUUCACACUUUUCAAAAGUCCCACCAUGUUGCUGUAUGGAACAACCUGUUUUCUCGUUAUGUUUGGACUUUUCGUGCCGUCUAAUUUCCUACCUGCUUUGGCUAGUGAUGUCCAUCUGUCAACCAAAGAAGGAACAUAUCUUAUUUUGAUCAUGGGUGUAGCAAACACCAUGACUCGUGUCGUGGUUGGGUACAUAACAGACAAAUCAUGGGCCAAUAGCUUGAUGAUAAACUGUACCGCUCUAUUACUUGGUGGAGUGUCGACGUGUUUUGUGCCAUUCUACGACGGUUUCAACAUUCUUGCAAUUUACUCGUUUGUGUUUGGUGCAGUUAUCGCGGUCUUCAUCUGUCUGAGAAGUUUGCUGAUGGCUGAACUAUUGGGGGUACACAGACUCAACAAUUCGUUUGGAAUAGUAGGACUGAGCAUGGGACUGUCUACAUAUCUUGGAUCGCCUAUAGCAGGAGCUUUAGCCGACGCGAGUGGAAAUUACAACAUGACAUUUUACUUCGCCGGCAUCACUCUUGUACUUGGCGGCUUAAUUUGUCUACCCCUCAGGCGGAUAUCAGAAAGGGAGAAACGUAGGAGCGUGGAUUUCAACACGAACGCAAUGCACCGCGAUAAGGAGAGUGAGGAUAACACAACUAUUAAAACACACUCUAGUAAUAAAAUUCCACGUGUAUAUACUAUCUCAGAAGAUUUCUAG